UUCUUGUUUAGCCAAUAUGGCGUCUUUUGUGUUGUGAGAUGACAACAUCGCAGUUUGUGUCCUAUUUGUCAUUAACUCUUGUUUAAAUCAACAUUAUAGAUCUACCUCAUAAGUUCAAAGAGAAUCAGAUUAUUGUAAUGAAAAUUAUAGAAACGUGUUAAACUAAUAUGACGCUUGAUUACGCAUUUGGGUGCAUCUUAGAGAAAAGUACUUAGCUCCUGUAAAAAUGGCGGGUGUGUUAUCUUUAUGGGUUGUGUUUUCAUUUCAUUCGGAGAAAGUCAAGUAAUGCUCUAAAAGUGAUAUCCAUGGAUUUUUAAAGUGUUUCGAAACCUAAAUCAAGUGUUUGGAAACGGCAUGUGUUUUUCGAUUUGACAUUUGCCUCGACGAUUGAUUAGACGGGGUCGGUGCAGGUGUCAUCGUUUUUGAUGAAAUUAUCAGCAUGUCGCGCUGGGGCAGAGGCCGAGGCGGUAGCGUGGCCGUACCGCUGGAUAGUGCUCUCUUUAGAGAAAAUAGUAACUGCCCAACUGCAGCUCGCUCGGCGGGUACAGUGGGCAAAUGGGGAAUCACUAGCUUCACGUCGAUUAGAAGCGCACCUUACGCAUAUGCAAACAAUAUUCUUAAAAAGCCAGUGCAAGAUCAAAACAGUCCGCUGACAGUGCCAGCAGUUGAAACUGAGCAACCACCACCAAAGCCUAAGAAAUUCUUCAAAUCUCGCAAUGCUGAGGUUUACCCACCAGUUCCACAAAUUACUUAUGCUCCUCCAGUACCUGCUGCCCCAUUGUCGCCUGAACAUCCCUCACAUAGUAAAGAGAAGAAGACAACUAAAAGAAGCAGAGCAUAUACUAGAGAUUCAUCUUCUCCUGAAUUACCCCGUCGUAACUCUGAGAAAUCUAAAUCUAAAAAGGGUGCAGUUGCAACAAAAGCUUCUAGAAAAGAAGAUGCACCUGCUGAAAAUACUCAACCACCAAAUAAACGUUACCUGGUUCGCAAUCGUGAUAAAGUAAUAAAUUAUGCUGAAGAUGGAAGUAAUAGCCCCAUACCAGAGUUUACUCGAUAUGAAUCAUCACAAUCAAAACUUGCUUCACCUAAAGUACCAUCACCCAAAGCCAGUCCACUAGUGUCUAGUCCAUCUGUCAUUAAACCAGAUGUUACAAGCCCAUCAACAAGUAAGGAAACUAAUGAGGAACGCAAACCUCCUCCAAUUGUACUAAGGAUAUCUAAAGGAACAUCAAGAAUUGUCAGCACAGAUUCAAAUGAAGGCUUUACAUCACCUAGUUCUGAUAGACAUUCAUCUCUAGAUACACACUCAGAUGUUGGAUCUGAUCACAAAAAGAGCCCUUCUAUGGAAACAAUAUGUUCUCCAAAGCAUGAAGGUCUAAAAAUUACCAUCAAAUGUGGAGGUCUAACUCAAGAAACCAAAAAAGAAAAGAAGAAAGAUAAAAAAGAUCACAAAUCUCAUAAACGCCACCACAAAAACUCAGAUGAUGAACCAUUAAAGAAAUUGAGUUCACCACAACCUGGGACUGAUGCCUAUGACCUUUAUAAGACUCUAGCAUCACCUUCACAUGAAACUGAGAAAGAAAUUAAAAAUAAGAUGUCACCUGGGGAUGAUAUUGAGUCCCAGCUGGCUAAAUUGGAUUCUGGAUCUGUAAUCAAAUCCCCAAGAUUGGAAGUUCAACCAAAUGAGUUACCUCCUGAACCUAAACCCCCAGAGAGUAGUAACUCAGGAAGAUCACGAAGAAACAGAACUAAAAUUAAUUAUAGUGAGAAUGAUGAUUAUCUGGAUGUUCUUACAGCUGGUUAUCCAAAUAAACAAGGAACCAAAACUGUAAGUGACAUUAAAAAAGAAGGAAGAAAAACUAGAAGAAAGCAAGAAACUUUAGCUGAUAUUGCUUCUGCAGUUACUACUCCGGAGCAUGAACAAACUGUUGAGAAAAAUGAAAUUCCUAUGGAGAAGAAUGACCUAAUUGAUAUUUUGUCUGGUGGAAGUGACAAUACUAAAAAUGAAGUUCCCAAGAUUAAGAUACAUAGAAAACAUAAACAUAAGCAUAAUAAAAAUUCAAGCCCUGAUCAUGAUGUAGAAAUGCCUCCAGAGGACAUCUCUGUUGAACAGAGUGCCUCCAAUGAAGAAGUUAGUCAGGAAGAGGAACCAAAUGAGGUAGUUGCUCAAGCAUUUAAUACAAAUAACACUCCAACCUAUUCCCAGACCAACACACAAUCUUCAGAUUCUGCUUACAACAGUUGUCCUAAUGAAAAUUCUGAAGAAGAGGUUCAGAAAAAUCCUCAGGAAGAUGUAUUUAAAUCACCCAGAGGAGUAUGUGAGUCAGAGGAUAAUGUACAGAAUGAAGAUAAACCUAGUGUUAAAUUAGUUAUUACUAAAAAGAAAGGAUCAAUAUUCAAGAGCAAAUCUUUAGUGAAUGACAAUCCAUCACCACUGCCUGCAAGGAAAAGGCGUCAUCUGUAUCGUCAUGAAUGGGCCAAUGAUAAAGGCAAUGAGACUCCAAGGCCAGAACCAGUUGAGAAUGCAGAAGUGAAUAAUCAAGUGGGACAAGUAUCAGAAGAACUAACCAGAGUUACUAGAUACCGAGCCCCAGAUCCAAUAGUGGAUGAUCCGAUUGAAACUGUUAAACCAUACACUAGUGUCAAAUGCAGUAAAGAGGCUAAAGAGUUUUACACAGUUGUAAGAAAUGUGAAAAAGGCCCAUCAGAUCCAGGAAAUUGGAGAGUUCCAAGAAUUCAAUGAUGAUGUGGAAUACCUCCUAGAUGCAUUACAGAAUAACAACCCGAUAUCUACGCGUUGUCUGUCUGCGAUCACACUGGCGAGCAAAUGUACGGCGCCUGCGUUCCGUAUGCAUCUGCGCGCGCAUGGCACGGUGCAGAAGUUCUUCAGUGCACUACAUGAUGCUACAAAUGACCAGAGCCUGGGUUUGUGUACUGCAACAGUGAUGUUUGUAUUGUCUCAAGACCGUCUCAACAUGGAUCUGGAUCGUGAAUCCCUUGAGCUCAUGCUCAACCUACUCGAAUCUGAUGCUUCACAUAAAAAUGCGCUUGAUGACUGCGGUUUGACUUCAGCUCAGCUAACUAAAACUCAAGAAAGGGUACGGGAGCUAUGUGCCGAAAUAAAGAGCCAAGGAAAAGCGCAACACUUGGAUUUAGAAAACAUUACUGUGGGUCAUUUGGCCAUGGAAACCUUGCUCUCACUGACCUCAAAACGAGCUGGUGAAUGGUUCAAAGAGGAGCUCCGUGUGUUGGGUGGUGUAGACCACAUUGUGCGAACUAUUCAGGACUGUGCUGCGAAACUCGACAGGCCUGUUGCCAGCUGGACUAGCGCUGACGUCGAAAUUCUAAGAAAAGCAGAUAGAUGUCUACGAGUCUUAGAAAAUGUGACGCAGGCGAACGAGGACAACCAGGUGUACCUGUGCUCGGCGGGCGGCGCGGCGGCGCGCAGUAUCUGCUUUGUGCUGCGCGCGUGGAUCGACGCGGCCUACUCGCACCCCGCCCACCGCGCGCCGCUACUCGACGCCGCGCUGCCCGCGCUCAAAGUACUGCUCAACCUCUCGCACAGCUUUGGCACUACUGUUUCACUUGGAGCUCAGGUGAUUGGAGAGCAGCAAUCAGUUAUGGAGACCUGUCUCAUCAUACUGUACAACCAAGGAAACUUCAUUCCUGACAACAGAAACUUUGAAUUUAGUGUUUGUGUACUGUUGCUGUUAAUUAACUUAGUUCAGAACAACGAACCUAAUACAGAGAGGUUGUUGAGCGUUCGAAUUCGUGUUGACAACGAGGAAGACAUCAUGUCCAAGAGCAUUGGCGCAUUAGAUCUUAUUGUAGAUCUGUUCUAUAAACGGGAAGAACUAGCGAGGCGGGCUGAGGAGAAUACAGACGCUCUGCUGGAUGGCGAAAAGGAGCCGGAUGAUAAUAAUGAUAAGAAGAAGCAAUCUCAAGAUGACAUCGACGAGACUGUUGCGAAGUUGUUGGCCCGCGCGGGCGCGCACAUGGAGCACAGCAUGGUGGGCGCGUACAUGGCGCUGCUGCUGGGCCACGCGGCCUGCUGCGGCCCGCGGGCGCAGCGCGCCGUCAAAGACCGCGUGCCCCUAUACGCGCCGCUACUGCCCACGCUCAACAAGUACUACGCCUUCCUCUCGCUCACCGCCAGCGCUGAAGCAGCGAUAGUGGCGCACGUGAAGGCGACGCACCGCAUCAUAAAGUUCAUGGAGGCCAGCGACAAGGAGGCGGCCGAGGCGGAGCAGGGCGCGGCGGCCGACGUGCCGCAGGACAUGUCGCUCAGCAACCUCAACUACUCCGCGCACUCCUACUCCAGCUCCGACACGCACUCGUCCUCCAUGGAGCUGGACGGCUACCACUGAGCCCACUCCACCGCCCAGUCUCUCACCCAGUCACGCAGGCUCCAGUGUCGCUGACCGGUCCGACAGACAUUAGCCGGCUUCUGCGUCGGUCCGGUCUCGCCAGAAACGGAAAUCUGAGAUCGCGUCGUUUCGCCUACAGGUGUAAUCGUAAGUUUGGUUUAUAAAGCAAAUCGUUAGAGGUAGUGGGAAUGUUUAAGAUACACGGAGAUUUAUUAUUGUUCUGUUGGCUGAUAGAGUUUAUGUAGGAUAUUGGAUAGUGUUGAGAAGCGUUGAUUUCGGCGUGCGAUUCCUAUCUGCUGAUGGGAAUAACACGUGGUUCUGUUAGUGCAUGCAUAUGUGUCUUAACAUAUAACUAAGCGUUUAGUAAUUCUGAAUCUUAAGUUGAUCCUUGUUGAAAGACUUGUAAAUACGAACCAAAACAACUAAGUAACCUUGUAUAUUGUGAACAGCCUAUAGCAAUAGUAUAUGAUAUGCCAUUUGUAAAAGUGAAACCAAUAUAAUAGGUGGUGGACGUUUGUUUGCACGCGACUAUUAUAAGUACCUCUUCUCUUUGUAUCGAUACUUCUUCCUUCUCUUUGAUAUUGUAAAUAUAAAUCACAGACUGUUAAGAUGAUAGUUAUGUUGACGACAUAGAUAUGGGUUAUGAAGUCUUAAUUAAAUUGAGAUAUUCCGAGUUUAAGCCACUGAACUGGCAAUAUAAAAGUGCAAAAAUAGUCGAGUAAGUGUAUAAUAGAUAUGUAUUCUUUUAUGUGAAUAUUGUGUCUGCACUUUUUUGUAUUAUACCGCUCCGAGAGAGUUACAAAUUAUUAGAGUAUUGUUCUAUCGAGGCACAAUUGUUUAUUGUAAAUAAAUUUUAGCUAGUACCAAUAGUUCGGUCUCUGUUGAGUAAAUUUAGAGUAGGAACAGUUGAUGGUGUCCGGAUAUGUUGAGAUGUAUAGACGCGGCCGCGACAGCGCUACGUCGCGCACGAUUCGCUGUCUCACGAGAUGGUGCAAAAUGUACAAACACUAACUUUGAUAGUCGCUCGCUGAUGAGAGAAUGACCUAUGCUUAGAUAAUAAAAAUAUAGAACAAUUUAUGAUGUUGGAUUUUUAAACAGUUGUAGGAUUAGACAGCGUCUAAGAAUAUUGUUUCCUUUACAUAGACUUGUUUGCAAGACUCCAUUUUCACAACACGACUGAUGUCCAUUAGGCAAAAUUUUAUUUUUACGAAUGAAAUGUAAGAACUAAUAAAUAAGGCACAUGAAUUACUUAAUUUAUCUAAUAUUGCAUAUUAGAUGUUUUCUAAACCAAGAAUUCGAAUAAUGUCUGUAAUUUUUAUAUCGAGGUUGUUUAUGUUUGUCAGCAAAUGCAGUGCACUGGAGAAACCUUAGUUCCGUCUCAUUAAGUUGGCAAGUAAUAUUCUGAAGAUAAUCAAGGUUUGGUGAUUUGUUAAAAUGAGUCUUUGUUGUUCUCGUCCCAUGUAUUUUUAAGAAUUUAUUGUUAUUUGGCACAUUUCGUAUUUGGCCCUGCGGCACUAAACACGUUUGACGCUGUGUGAGUAACAAAAGUUCAUUCCUAAAAUUGUCAUGUUAGUUGUUACACUCGUGUUUUGAUGCAUUUUGUGCUGACCCCAACGAUAAUACCGUGAUGUUAGGGAACGUGAAUCGUUGUUAUGUGUGAUCACCGACUCGUGCGGUUACACGGUUCGCAUCACUUCAUAGAUGUGAUUCUAAAAGCGGGAAUGUACAGUCACGUGUGAACCUCGUUACCGUGUGACGACAUUUUCUGACAGCUUUACUUUAUUUAUAAGACAUAUUUUUUUUUUAAGUUGACGCUUAAGUGGGUGUUAUAUUUUGUAACUGAUGUUGUUAACUCACUGGAUAUUGUUACACAGCUGGGGUAUACUAUUUAAAAGACCAGGGGUUUCCUUUUCGUUUACUAAUUGUACAGCUAUCAUUUUAUCGCCUAAAUUAUAUUUACGUAAUUUAUUGACAUAAUAUAUGUAUCUAUCGACUAAGCGUAGCUCUAAAGUGCAUUUCGUUAUGAAUUUUCAUCUUUUAUCACCUGUGUUUUAAAAAAUGUGUUGUUUAAACUAUCAUCACGAGAGUUUGAUAUCUUGAGAAAUUAUUAUUGUAUAUGUAAUGUGUAAUUAUGUUAUAAAGUAUUACGUGUAAUUAUUAAAAGAAGACAAUUUAAAUAA